AUGAAGAAUCUAGGACCGGCAAGUCAUUUCCUAGGAAUCAAGAUUGAGACAUCCAAAGAUAAGUAUCUUAUAUCACAAAGCUCUUAUGCUCAAUCUAUCUUACAAAUAGCUGAUCUAACACUCUGUAAUCCGGUUGCUAAUCCAUCUUGUACAAAAAUCUCUCCCCAGCUCUCGGACGACAUACCAUGCUUCGAUCAAACGACGUACCGGCAGCUGAUCGGUUCCCUACAAUACUUAACUCUUACACGGCCGGACAUAGCAUUCACGGUCAAUUCCCUUUCUCAACACAUGCACGAGCCGGAAGCAACUCAUACUCAUCUCUUAAAAUGCCUCCUAAGGUAUAUCAAAGGGACAAUUUAUCUUGGUAUACCCAUAACAAGAUCAAACUUACUCCUUUGCACGUACUUUGAUGCGGACUGGGCGGCAGACCCGAUCACAAGAAAGUCCAUCUCCGGCCAUUGCACGUUCCUUGGCGAUACCAUAGUUUCUUGGACUGUCAAGAAACCAUCCACGGUGUCGAGGUCUUCAACGGAGUCGGAAUACCGAGCUCUAGCCGCAGCCACCGCGGACACACUAUGGAUUAAACGGCUUCUCUCCGAUUUCCACAUCCCGCACACCACACUGGUGGACAUCUUCUGCGACAAUACUUAG